UAGAGCAGGCCAACGCAGCAAUGGAUUAGAUGAGGAUGACACUACUGAAUCCGAUCACUGAAGAUUGAAGAAAGAGAGAAGAAACGGAGAAAAGGCACAUACAUAUAUAAUAAAUACCAUCGGGAAGGGAAGAAGAAGAACGAAGUACAGAGUGGAUAGAAACUGCAAGAUCCCUACUUUUGGAGGAAAAGCGAGGGAGUCGUUGAGAAGGGGAAAUAUGUUGAGGAUUGUGGCGAGAAGAAUUGCUUCGGCUUCUUUAGCAUCCAAGUCGACCUCGUUUCAUCUUCUGCGCUGCACAAGAGGUUUCAGCUUUGGGGUUCUUCCCGAUGGGGUGGACAGGACUUCCGAGUCGUUUUCCCGCAACUCUAUGGCUAUGGAGUCUCUCAUUUCCCAGCUCCAGUCCAACAUAAACGAAGUUUUGGCUGGAGGAGGAGAAUCGGCGGUCAAGAGGAACAGAAGCAGGAAUAAGCUGCUACCAAGAGAAAGAAUUGACCGGCUGCUUGAUCCAGGUUCUUCAUUUCUUGAGCUUUCUCAGCUUGCAGGCCACGAAUUAUAUGAUGAAUCCCUGCCUUCUGGCGGAGUAGUUACUGGAAUAGGUCCUGUUCAUGGCCGACUUUGCAUGUUUGUAGCAAAUGAUCCUACAGUCAAGGGGGGAACUUACUAUCCCAUCACAGUAAAGAAACAUCUUAGGGCGCAAGAGAUUGCUGCUCGAUGCAGACUGCCUUGCAUCUAUCUCGUCGACAGUGGUGGCGCUUUUCUUCCGAAGCAGGCUGAGGUGUUCCCCGACAAGGAUAAUUUCGGAAGAAUUUUCUUCAACCAAGCUGUAAUGUCUGCUGAAGGCAUCCCACAGAUUGCACUGGUAUUAGGUUCUUGUACAGCUGGUGGUGCCUACAUUCCUGCUAUGGCUGAUGAAAGUGUGAUGGUCAAGGGUAAUGCAACCAUAUUUUUGGCUGGACCACCACUUGUCAAGGCUGCUACAGGAGAGGAAGUAUCUGCUGAAGCUUUAGGAGGUGCUUCCUUGCAUUGCAAAACAUCAGGAGUUUCAGACUACUUUGCUCAAGAUGAAUUGCAUGCACUAGCGCUUGGAAGGAACAUUAUCAAGAACUUGCACAUGGCUGGAAAAUGCCGAGUGGCCAAUGAAGGACAUAACUUAAGUCUCGAGUACAAAGAGCCAUUAUACGACAUAAAGGAGCUGAGAACUAUUGCCCCCGCAGACCACAAGCAGGCGUUUGAUAUUCGAUCAGUUAUUGCCCGAAUUGUUGAUGGAAGUGAGUUUGAUGAGUUCAAGAAAUUAUAUGGAACGACCCUCGUGACAGGCUUCGCUAAAAUUUUCGGUCAACCUGUGGGAAUAAUUGGAAAUAAUGGCAUAUUGUUUAAUGAAUCUGCUCUGAAGGGGGCACAUUUCAUUGAACUCUGUAGUCAGCGUAACAUUCCUCUAGUUUUCCUGCAGAACAUCACUGGAUUCAUGGUUGGCUCUAGAUCUGAGGCAAAUGGUAUAGCGAAAUCGGGUGCGAAGAUGGUAAUGGCUGUUUCUUGUGCAAAGGUGCCUAAGGUAACCAUCAUGGUUGGUGGAAGCUUCGGCGCUGGAAACUAUGCAAUGUGCGGUCGUGCAUAUAGCCCUGACUUCUUGUUCCUCUGGCCAAAUGCUAAAAUAUCAGUCAUGGGCGGAGCGCAGGCUGCCGGUGUGCUAUCUCAGAUUGAAAAGGCAAACAAGAAGAAGCAGGGGAUCCAGUGGACCACUGAAGAGGAGGAAAGCUUCAAGGGGAAAGUGGUUGAAGCAUACGAGAGGGAAGGUAGUUCAUACUACUCAACUGCGAGGCUUUGGGACGACGGCAUCAUCGAUCCAGCAGACACGAGAAAAGUUAUAGGGCUCUGUAUAUCUGCUUCCAUGAACCGCCCCUCUGAAGACACCAAGUUUGGUGUGUUCAGGAUGUAGUUGUGAUUGAACUUUGCAACUUUGUCAGGUCAAAGCUAUGACCAAUAGAGAACUGGAAUUGGCAUUAGGCUGUUCCAUUGAAAAGCCUUGUUGAAGGAUCAUUGUGUUAGAUGGCUUUGUGGAUAUUUCCCUCUUUUGUACAUCAGCCCAACUAGAUGGCAUCUCAGUGACUUGUCAAUAAAGUAUAUGAGUUUGG